ACCGCAUUGACAGUUGGAGCUGUCAACAAAAUUGUAACGCACUUUGUUUACAACGAUGCCGACGCAUUAGUUCAGGAGAGAAAAAACACAUUUUCUAGCAUUUGCUUGUCGUGCAUUCAUUGAUAAGGGAAAGUAAACCUUAUUCAGCAAUGGUGAAUGUUAUGAAGGGCGUGCUUGUUGAGUGUGAUCCUGCUAUGAAACAGUUUCUUCUUCACCUGGACGAAACGCAAUCGCUCGGGAAAAAGUUCAUCAUUCAAGAUUUGGACGAAAAGCACCUUUUCAUUUCGGUCGAAAUCGUCGAAGUAUUACAAGCGCGCGUUGACGAUUUAAUGGAUCGCAUCAGUUUCCCGCUGCACGAGAAGGACGCAUAA